AGCCUACCCCAGGUCAUGGACCCCGGACGCCGCUCCUGGGGUGGUGGCCCUUCUCCCAGGCGGGAGAAGAGCCCCGCCCUGCUCCCGGCCGUGCGGAACCAGGAAGGGAGGCGCGGUUUCCAGCCGGUCCGGAGAGAAGAGCACUUCCGGAGGCCGGGACGCACGUGCCGGGGCGCGCGCGGGGUCGCUUCCGGGGUCCCGGAGGCUGGUGUCUCUCGGGCGCUGGGUGGGCAGAGCCCGGCCGGGGGCGGGAUGGCCAAGGCGCUGACCUCCAGGCGCGCCCCCGGCGACCCCGUGGCCGAGCCGGGGCUUGGCAAGAAGGUAGCUCGGAAGAAAAGCAAGAAGAGGAGAUUCUGGAAAAGCCGAGGGCGAGAAGCGAGCAAGACACCGGGCUGCGGCCCCGGAGUCGCCGUGGUCCGACCUCCGAAGGCGCCGGAGGACUUUUCCCGCAACUGGAGGGCGCUGCAGCGGCUCCUGAAACAAAAAACACAGGCCCCGGAAAAGCCUCUUGUUACCUCUCAGACGGAUUCCAAAAAACAGCCCGGAAUUAUCCAGCCGAACAGAAAAGUCGUCCCAGAUAAAGCAAAGAGGAGUGACACGGGGCCAGAAACAGCGGCCCCAGCGGACAGGAGGGCGCCGCCUCCCCGCACAGAGGUCAGCAGAGCGGGGCACGAUGGGAAGGGAGCCGAGAAAAGGACAAAUGAUGAUACUUCUCCGAAAGGAGGAGACGCCAAGCGCAAGAAGCGGAAAGCUAAGGAGGCGACUGUGGCCUUGACUCCGGUCGUGCCCACCGAGGAAGACAUCUGGUUUGAUGACGUCGACCCGGCGGACGUCGAGGCGGCCCUGGGCCCGGAGGCGGCCCGGAUAGCCAGGAAGCGGCUGGGGCAGAGUGAGAGCAGCAUCGCGCUGGUGAAGGAGCAGGCCUUCGGCGGCCUGACUAGAGCCUUAGCCAUAGACUGCGAGAUGGUGGGCGUGGGCCCCAAGGGGGAAGAGAGCGUCGCCGCCCGCGUGUCCGUCGUGAACCAGCAUGGGAAGUGUGUUUACGACAAGUGCAUCAAGCCCACCCAGCCGGUGACGGACUACAGGACGGCGGUCAGCGGGAUGCGGCCGGAGAACCUCAAGCAGGGAGAAAACUUCGAAGUUGUUCAGAAGGAGGUGGCGGACAUGCUGAAGGGCCGGAUUCUAGUCGGACACGCGCUGCAUAACGACCUAAAGGUGCUGUUUCUUGAUCACCCAAAAAAGAAGAUUCGGGACACGCAGAAAUACAAACCUUUCAAGAGUCAAGUGAAGAGCGGAAGGCCAUCUCUGAAGCUGCUCGCGGAGAGAAUCCUGGGGAUCCGGGUGCAGCAGGCAGAGCACUGUUCGAUUCAGGAUGCCCAGGUGGCGAUGAGAUUGUAUGUCCUGGUGAAGAAGGAGUGGGAGAGUUCGGCCCAGGACAGGCGCCCCACGGCCCCCAUUCCAGACAGCCGCAGCACCUCCCGUCCGCAGGCGGUUGUGACCACGCACAAGACAGCUCGGGUCUCCCCGUAGCGGCAGCUCUGUUGAAACAUGUUCACCGUCCUGGCGGCAGGGCGUGGGGGCGGCCGAGAACUGCUUCCUCCCUCUGUGCCAUCCCAGACCUGGCGCUCCUGCUGGGGGCAGGCAGCACGGCGGGGCUCUGUCCUGAAGACUGACGGCAAGUCGGGGGGCGUUCUGCGGUGUGCUGUCCCCACAGCGGGGUGGCAUCUUUGCCGGGGAUUCGCCGGGUCCCAGGAGCCGGGGGCACCCAGCAUCCACUGGGUUUGUAACAUCUUCCUGGGAGGAGGCCAGACCCCUUUCUGUGCCUCGGGUCACAGGUCACGUAAAGAACCCCACCGGACUCACGGGCCGCACCCGGCGUGUGCAGUGAGCUGUGCUCCAGCCCCAUCUCCCAAGUUUGCCGCGGCCGCCUUUGGACUUGGAGAGAUUCUCUGAGGGUGCCGAUCCUUUCUCACACCCCCAGCCCCACCCCACAGGUCCACCCGCCAGGUUUCAACUUGGGGUCAGGGCCCGCGGCACGGCGAGGGAGGCUCAGCUCGUCUGCGCUGGGUGACCAUGGUUUCCCCCAGAGGCGGGUGUCCCUCCCCGUCUGGGACAGAUGUGCUUGAGGCUGGAGCACCGUGCGGGUCUGUCCCGGGUGUGAGGGUCUUUGAGAAGAGUCGGGAGCCCGGCAUACGGCCCGGCUUCACCAAACCGCCUGACGUGGCACAAGGAAGCCCCGGACCCACUGAGCAGAUUUAACACAGGCAGUCUUUUACUAGAGGUGGAGUGUGGGGAGGUUACUCUUUCCGCGUUUAGAGUGGUCUGAAAGGGUCGCUUUUUCCACGAGGGCCACGCUGAUGGGUCCAGGGCCGAGGUCUGUGCGGAGCCUGCCAAAUCGAGCCCCCGGGGCCCCACCGGUGCCCCACGCUGCCCCCAGGGCGCCUGCGUGAGCGAAGUGGAACCCCCCCCACACACACACACACAAAACCUAAGGAAAAUGCCGCUCACCGGGCAGCUCCAGGGCCAGACAAGGAAAGGAAGGGUGGGAGAGAAGGUGCGGGGAAGCGGGAGGCCGUGGGGUGUCUGCCUCCUCAGGGCAGAGCCGACUGUCCCCCCGCGGAGCCUGGUGGCGUGCCGGCCUCCAGCCUCAGGAGUACCUUCUCUGCGUAGGAAACCAGCUCCUGGAAAGACAGCCAGUAGGCACCGUGUCCGUGACACUCUUGGGACCUACUCGUAGGUCUUUUUGUGACCGAAUCUGCUCUUCUGUGAAGAGGUCCGGUUGUCCCUGCCCCUUAGGUUUGGGGGGGCCCAGAGACACACGUGAAGUCAAACGGGAACAGAGUCACGAAAACUACACACACAGAGUGGGUGCUUGGGUGGCUCAGUCGGUUGAGCGUCUGCCUCGGUUUUGGCUCAGGUCAUGAUCUUGGGGUCGUGGGAUUGGGCUGCACACGGAGCGUGGAGCCUGCUCGGGAUUUGUUCUCUCUCCCUCUGCCCCCCGCCUGCUCGUGCCC